GGGCGGUGGGCGGCCGGCUCGGGCGGCGGCCGACCGCCAGUGUCGCACCAUGCGCCCGCCGAGCGGGAGUCGCCGCCGGCAGUGUCCGUGACCGGUCAGCUCGGAGUCAGUGCGCCGGGCCGCCAUGGGCGGCGGUAAGCCGCUGCAGUGGGUGCUGCGCCGCGGCCGGCCCGGCCGGCGGCCCACCGCCGGCAGCGGCACGGCCAGCGGCGGCAGCACGCCGCCGCCGGGAACCAUCAAACCCUUCACACAGGCCUCGCUGGAGCGGCUCGAGACCAGGACGGCCGAGGCCCGCAAGCACUUUGGCGUGCUGCCGCGGCGCAACGCGCGCCUGCAGGAUGGCUCUGUGCUGCCCACCAAGUUCUCGCCGUUCCCGACUCACAUGUACGGCCGGCCGCUGGAGGAAUUCGACCAGUUCAUAUUCGAGGAGACGUUUUGCGCCGUUUCCAAGAGGUUCAACAAGAACUACGUGCACCGCUUCACUGCGUCCAAAUCGUUCUUCAUCUUCUCUCCGUGGAACCCUGUCCGGAGAGCCUGCAUCUUCGUUUCCACCAACCAGUACUUUGACUACUUCGUCAUGUUCACCAUCAUCAGCAACUGUGUCUUCUUGGCCAUGACCAAACCUCCGGAGGAGGCCGAAUGGAUUUUCUUGGCCAUCUACUCGCUGGAGGCUCUCAUCAAGUCGAUCGCCAAGGGCUUCAUCCUGAACAAGUACACAUACCUGCGGAGUCCGUGGAACUGGCUGGACUUCAUCGUCGUCGUGCUGGGCUACGUCACGCUCUUCGUCAACCUGGGCAACCUGGCCGGCCUGCGGACGUUCCGGGUGCUCAGGGCGCUCAAGACAGUCUCCAUCAUGCCAGGUCUGCGAACCAUCAUCAACGCGCUGCUGAACUCGCUGACCCAGCUGGUGGAGGUGAUGUCACUCACCCUCUUCUGCCUCAUGGUGUUCGCCCUGUUCGCGCUCCAGGUCUUCAUGGGCGUACUCCGCAAUAAGUGUGUUCUCGAGCCGGACACGGCCGAACAGUGGCCUCAGUACAGCACCAACAGCACCUUCUGGGCGAUCGACAAUCACACUGAGGACUUCAUGCUGUGCGGAAACGGCUCAGGAGCAAGGCUGUGUCCGGCCGGGUACGUGUGCCUGCCGGGGAUCGGCGACAACCCCAACUACGGCUACACCAGUUUCGACACCUUCCUCUGGUCCAUGCUGACCACCUUCCAGCUCAUCACCCUCGACUUCUGGGAGGAUGUCUACAACAAGAUUAUCGCCGCCAUGGGCCCCUGGAGUAUCCUGUUCUUCGGGCUGGUGGUGUUUUUCGGCUCCUUCUACCUCAUCAACCUAAUGCUGGCCGUCGUGGCCAUGAGCUACGAAGAAGAGGCUGAGAACACCGAGGAGGAGAAGGUGAAGGACUUGGCGGACCACCGGGACGAUUCCACCUUCAGCUUCGACCCUUCCAACCUGAAGCUGCACCGUCUGGACAAGGACAGCAAGUUCCCGACGAUCCGACUCAAGAACCACACCAUCUUCGCCUCCUACAAGUACAACAAGAAGAAGAAAAAGAAAAAAGCCAAGGGCCGUAAGUCGGUGGAGGGCGGUGUCACCAAGGAGGACGACAGCUGUGUGUCGGCGGACGGCCACGUCAGCGCUGUGUCCCCUGCGGCAAGGAGGGUCAGUGAGCUACACGACGAGCACGAGACCAACGAGCUCCGUCCGCGGGCGCUGGUGCACGAACUGCUGAGCCCGGACCCCCGGCCGGUGGUGGUGGAGCUGCCGGGGGCGAUCCGCACCCCGUCCGUUAGCCCGCAGCGCAAACAGUCGUCCUCGUCUGACCGGUACGCCGCCGCGGCCCAGGACCCGACAGAGGUGUCGUGCGACUCGUCGGCACUGAACGUCCGCGCGCUGCCGCCGUCACCGACACCGGCGGCUGCCCCGCCGACCACCGAGGCGCACCCGCUGCGCUCCUCGUGCGAGCAACUGGAGGCCACUGAGAAAACCAGCGUCCAAAUGUUCCACGGAGGGGAGCUAGACGAGUACUACGUGCAUAUCACCACCGGCCAGCAGCCGCUGGGGCCGGCCGGCAGCCGCGGCGCGCUGGACUGUACCCCCACCGGAGACGCAGCCGACGAGCUGGCCGGUCUGGAGGACGUGGGUCUGGACGAGGACGCGGUGUCGCCGCUGGCCGGUCACCGCUCGCAGGGCGGCGGCCGGCGCGAGGCGCUGCGUCACGCCAUGUUCGCCACCAGUGUGGAGUCGCAGGGUAUCGGGGAGAUGAGGGGUAACAGUGACUCGUCUACCAGCGAGCACCGCUCAGCGGGCGACGUGCGGCGGCUGGGGAUGCGCGAGUGCUCCCUGGACGACUCCGGGGUGGUCGGAGACCAGGAGACCAUGUCGGAGCGCGGCAAAAACAUGAUGAUCCGGACAGAGGAUAUCACGCCUCUGGCCAAAGCGCUGGAUCUGGAGGUCACACUCACAGAGAAGAAGUGUAACGGGAUCAGUCCGCAGCGCCGGAGUCCGUCGCCCUCCUACGUCUCCCAUGUGGUCGAGCUACACGACGAGACACCGGACCGCAACUGCGACUGCUGCUCAUCGUGCUGCAUCUGGUACGAGACGUGGCUGCGCUGGCAGAACCGGCUGCACCUUCUGGUCACCGAUCCCUGCUUCGACGUGUUCAUCACGCUCUGCAUCAUCCUCAACACGGCCUUCCUGGCGCUGGAGCACUACGGCAUGUCCAACGAGAUGCGCCAGACGCUGGAAAUCGGCAACAGGGUAUUCACAUCCAUCUUCACGCUGGAGUGCACACUGAAGGUGAUCGCCAUCAGCAAGGAGUUUUUCCGCUCCGGCUGGAACAUCUUCGACCUGAUCGUGGUGGUGGCCAGUCUGGUGGAGCUGUCGCUGCAGAACAUUAACGGCCUCUCCGUCCUGCGCGUCCUCCGACUGCUCCGGGUGUUGAAGCUCGCGCAGUCGUGGACAACCAUGCGAGUGUUGCUCAGCAUCAUCAUAUCGUCUCUGGGCGCCCUCGGAAACCUGACCUUCGUCCUGGUGAUCGUGAUCUACAUCUUCGCCGUGAUCGGGAUGCAGCUCUUCUCCAACAGCUACACGGCGGAUAUAUUCGAGCCGGAUCCAGUACCCCGGUGGAAUUUCAACGACUUUUUCCAUUCAUUUAUGAUGAUAUUUCGCAUCUUAUGUGGAGAAUGGAUCGAGCCGCUGUGGGACUGUAUGAGGGCGAAGCGCGAAGAGUCGGAGAUGUGCCUUGCGGUCUUCCUGCCGGCGCUGGUGAUGGGUAACUUCCUCGUGCUGAACCUGUUCCUGGCCCUGCUGCUCAACAGCUUCAACUGCGAGGAACUGCGCACCAGGAAAGAGGGUCAGGUCGCGCCCCACGGCGGCCCCGGUAUCGAUCUCGUCACUCUGCGGCGCCGGCUGCGCUACCUGAGACGCCGCCUCGUCCGACCGGCCGGCCGGAGAGCCUCGCAGCCCUCUCCUCGACCGGCGCGGCGAGCGGAGCUACAAACGGAACCCAACACGAGCUCGCUGAGUGAAGGCUUGGACCGAGAAUGCGCCAGCGUCUCUACCAUGCGAUCACACGCCGGACGAACGGCGUCCCCUCUUCUGAGAGAGUCCUCAGCUGACAGAAUGAAGGGCUGUACGGGCUGUGAUCAGUUACCCGACGAAUACACUGCGCCACCUGCGAACGAUGGCAAGAAGCACAUUUCGCCUGGCUGUUCAGCGCUGGGCUCCAGUCAGGAAGCCAAGGGCAAGUCGAAGCUGGUGCAGAGCGUGCAGCGUCUCAAAGGCUACAUCCGCAGUCACCGGGACCCCGAGUCUCGCCAGAGGGAGGUAAUAGCGGCCUUCGAGAGCGCGCGCGUGGACCAGCCGGCACGCUGUGCGCUGCCGCCGCUGCCCGUCUCCGUGUCGGUGCCCGAGAUCCGGCGCACACUGGACGAGACCGACCUGCUCUCGGACAGCUCUGACCCACUGCAGGCCGGCUACAAACAGAUCAACGCAG